UGUUGUGUUGUGUUGUCAGGCACUGAUGAGUGGAGGCACCAUCCUGACCACUGUCCCUCUGGUGGUGGACACAGAAAAGCUGCCCAUCAACCGUAUCGCCAUCAGUGGGAAACCAGGCUGCCAACCACACAAGGGCGAGAAACGCACCGCUCACAACGCCAUCGAGAAACGCUACCGAUCCUCCAUCAACGACAAGAUUUUAGAGCUCAAAGACCUGGUGGCUGGAACUGAAGCUAAGCUCAAUAAGUCUGCGGUGUUGAAGAAAGCCAUCGAGUACAUCCGAUACCUUCAGCAGUCCAACCAGAAGCUGAAGCAGGAGAACAUGGCCCUCAAAAUGAACAUCCAGAAGAACAAGUCUCUGAAGGAUCUGGUGACCAUGGAGGUGGACGUGAAGCCAGAAAUCCCCACUCCCCCAGCUUCAGACGUGGGCUCUCCUCAAUCCAGCGGCCCAUACUCACAGCACAGCAGCGACUCGGAGCCCGACAGCCCCAUGGCGGAGGACAGCAAGGCAGUGGUGGAGAGGGCUGGAGGGAUGCUGGACCGCUCCCGCAUGGCUCUGUGCGCCUUUACUCUGCUGUUUCUGUCCUUUAACCCACUGGCGUCACUGCUGUGUGGAGGAUGGAGCAGCGCUGGAGCCUCGGUGGCGGGAAACGCUGCAGGGAGGAGCAUGCUGGCCGUACCGGACUCAGGCGAGUCGUGGGGCUGGAUGGACUGGAUGUUGCCCACUCUUCUGGUGUGGCUGCUGAACGGUGUGCUGGUGGCUGGAGUUCUGAUCCGGCUGCUGGUGUAUGGAGAACCAGUGACCAGACCUCACUCCGAGUCCUCCGUCCUCUUCUGGAGACACCGCAAACAGGCAGAUCUGGACCUGGCCAGAGGUGAUUUUGCGCAGGCGUCCCAGAACCUGAGGACGUGUCUGAAGGCUCUGGGUCGUCCUCUGCCCACGUCUCAGCUGGAUCUGGCCUGUGCGGUGCUGUGGUCGGCACUACGUCUGUGUCUGCAGAGACUGUGGGUCGGCCGCUGGUUAGCCUCGCGAGCCGGAAUGCUGAGACCGGAUCCCCUGCAGGAGGACAACUGCAAGAGCUGCCGCGACGCUGCGCUGGUCUACCACCGCCUGCACCAGCUGCACAUGACCGGUAAGCUGGGAGGAAGCCACCUUUCUGCGAUCCACAUGGCUUUGAGUGCCCUCAAUCUGGCCGAGUGUGCUGGAGACUGCCUCCCUGUGGCCACACUGGCCGAAAUCUAUGUGUCUGCAGCCCUACGGGUCAAAACUAGCCUGCCCCGCCUGCUGCACUUCACUACUCGAGUGUUUUUGAGUAGCGCGCGUCAGGCCUGUCUGUCCCCGAGCGGCAGCGUCCCGCCGGCCAUGCAGUGGUUGUGUCACCCUCUGGGUCACCGCUUCUUCGUGGACGAGGACUGGACCAUCCGCAGCACCCCAAAGGAGAGCAUCUACAGCCAGGCCGGAAACUCAGUUGACCCAUUGGCUCAGGUGACCCAGGCGUUUCGAGAGCAUCUGCUGGAGAAGGCGCUAUACUGUGUGGCUCAACCCAGAGGAGACAAGAGCCUCGCUGAUGGAGACGGUGAGUUCUCGGACGCUCUUGAAUACCUGCAGUUGUUGACCAGUGCCGCAGACGGCAGCCGGAGCCACACAACACAAUCCUUCGCCAUCGGCUCCAACAUGGCCACCGUCACAGGCUGUGACCCGCACUCUAAGUGGUGGUCCUCAAUGGUGGUGGUGGUCAUUAAUUGGCUGCAGGGAGAGGACGCGGCGGCCGAGGAGACUUUACCCAGCGGUGGAGCAUUACCACGCAGCCUGCAGUCCGCAGAGAGUCCUCUCCCGAAAGCGUGUGUGAACGUGUUCAAAGCGGUGCGCACCCUGCUGGCCAAACCUGAGAGUCAGCAGCUGAGCCUGAGCUACUGCGAGAGAGCCAGUGUUCUGUUCAGAGACAGCCUGAACCUCGGCCCGCACUGCAGCGCCAACACACUCGACAAGCUGGUGCAGCUGCUGCUGUGUGAUCUCCUCCUGGUGACGAGGACAAACGUGUGGCGUGAUCAGCAGAUCUGCAGCUCCUCCCCGACAGCUGCAGCGUCUCCGGCUGAACUGCAGGGAUUCCAGCAGGACCUGAGCUCACUGCGCAGACUAGCACACAGCUUCAGACCCGCCACACGCAGGUUGUUCCUGCAUGAAGCCACAGCGCGACUAAUGGCAGGAGCCAGUCCAACACGCACACACCAGCUGCUGGACCGCAGUCUGCGCCGCCGCGCCACUCCUGGAGCCAGAAUAGAAGAGUGCGAGCUUCAUCCUGGUCAGCGUGAGCAGGCGGAGGCAGUGAUGCUGGCGUGUCGGUUUCUGCCUCCAUCUUUUCUGUCGGCUCCUGGGCAGAGGGUGGGCAUGCUGGUGGACGCCGCGCGCACACUGGAGAAACUGGGAGACAAACGCACACUACACGACUGCCAGCAGAUGAUCAUCAAACUGGGCAGCGGCACCACCGUCACCUCCACCUGAACACACACACAACACGACUGCCAGCAGAUGAUCAUCAAACUGGGCAUGAACACACACACACACACACACACACACACAUGCAUGUAUACAUGGUUUACAGGGACACUCCAUAGGUGUAAUGUAUUUUAUACAGUAAAAACCACUUAUGGUAUGGCCCACCCCUACCCUUAAACCCAACCCUCACAGGAAACCUGCGGCAGAAUUUGAAUAUCAAAAGACCUCAUUAAGUAUGAUUUGAAUUAGAGGGACACGAGGUGCGACCCUGUAAACCACCUUAAUAUAAUACAACUAAGUCAUAUCCUGUGUGUCCCUGUAAACCACAUAUACUUACACACACAGCACUUUGACCAACACACACACUUAUAUACGUGGUUUACAGGGACACCCCAGAGGCGUUAUCUAUUUUUAUACAGUAAAGUCUGCUUAUGGUAUGGUCCUCCCCCACUGCUACCUAUAAACCCAUCCCUCACAGCAAACCUGCGGCAAGGUUUGAAUAUCAGAAGACCUCAUUAAUUAUGAUUUGAAUUAGAGGGACACGAGGUGUGACCCCGUAAACCACAUUAAUAGAGUACAAACAAAGUCAUACCCACAACUGUGUGUCCCUGUAAACCACAUAUACUUACACACACAGCACUUUGACCAACACACACAGUUGUAUACAUGGUUUACAGGGACACCCCAGAGGCGUUGUGUAUUUUUAUACAGUAAAAUCUGCUUAUGGUAUGAUCCUCCCCCACUGCUACCUAUAAACCCAACCUGCGGCAAGGUUUGAAUAUCAAAAGACCUCAUUAAUUAUGAUUUUGAAUUAGAGGGACAUGAGGUGUGACCCCGUAAACCACAUUAAUAGAGUCCAACCAAGUCAUACCCACAACUGUGUGGCCCUGUAAACCACAUAUACUUACACACACAGCACUUUGACCAACACACACACUUGUAUACGUGGUUUACAAGGACACUCUAUAGUGUAAUGUAUUUUAUACAGUAAAAUCUGCUUAUUUUGAAUUUCAAAGACCUCGUAAAUAUGAUUUUGAAGCAUUUUUAAUUACAGGACAGUGUAAAGCAGCUUGGAGUAUAACUAGGCCAAACACUGCAAAAAAAACAGAGUCUCACUUAGAGUUUUUAUCUUGUUUCUAGUCCAAAUAUCUAAAAACUCCUCAAUCUAGAAGUGUUUUCUAGACAAGUACAAUAUAUAGUGUUGUUUUCAGCAAUAAUGAGUCAAAAUGAAGUGAGUUUUUCAUUAAAACAAGCAAAAUAAUCUGCCAACGGGGGAAGAAAAGUCCAAUUAUUUCAGAACAAAAAACAAGAUAAUUCUGCUUCCUCCAUUGGCAGAUGAUUUUGCUCAUUUUAAGGAGAAACUCACUUCAUUUUGAUCUAUUUCUGCAAAAAAAGCUUCUUGAUUUAAGAAUUUUUAGAUAUAUGGACUAGAAACAAGACAAAUUUAGCCGUGUAAUCAAGUCAGUAUACAACUCUGUGUCCCUGUAAGCCACAUAAACCUGUACACACACACACACGCACACACACGCACACACACACACACACACACACACACACACACACACACACACACACACACACACACACACACACACACACAGACAGCCAGCU